CUCAGUCGGUUGUCCAAUCAAAAAAAAAGUAAAAGCCUUUGUCCUGAUAGAGAGAGAGCGAUUGAGUAAAAACUAACUGUUGCGGCGGAAAGAGAUCGAGAUCGGGAUCCACACGACGGCAAAGGAGAGAGUGAGCUCUACGGAUAUGGGAUCUCAGCUACUCUUCAUCUACUGUCACUCCUCCAACUACUUUCCUUAGAUUAGGCUUUUUUUCUACUCUCAAACGGAGAUUCGUGGACUCUCUCUCUCUCUCUCUCUCUCUCUCUCUCUGGACUUUGAAAGCGUCACGUUUCAGUGUAUUGAACUCAUCUCUCUGUAGCUACAUUUGGUUCGCUGAAGAGAUCAAAUGGGUUCGAGAUACGCAUCUCACCAGCUCAGCAACGGGCUGUUUGUGUCCGGUAGGCCGGAGCAACCCAAAGAAAAGCCUCCGACGAUGAGCUCAGUAGCCAUGCCUUACACCGGCGGUGACAUCAAGAAAUCAGGAGAGCUAGGAAAAAUGUUCGACAUUCCCACGGAUGGGACUAAGUCAAGGAAGUCUGGUCCAAUCACCGGAGGUUCUUCGAGAAGCGGACAGCAGCCUGGUCCGGGCGGGCCUAACGCAACUGGUCGUAUGUCUGGCUCUUUAGCUUCCGCUGGUUCAAACUCAAUGAAGAAAACAAACUCCGGCCCUUUGUCUAAACACGGUGAGCCGUUAAAGAAAUCAUCCGGUCCCCAAUCUGGUGGAGUAACAAGACAAAACUCCGGUCCUAUCCCUAUACUCCCAACCACAGGUCUCAUAACAUCCGGUCCCAUCACUUCAGGGCCUUUGAACUCAUCCGGGGCUCCUAGGAAGAUAUCAGGUCCUCUAGACUACUCCGGUUCGAUGAAGACGCAUCAUACUACGACAACUUCCGUUAUCCAUAACCAGGCGGUGACCACCCUUGCUCCUGAAGAUGACUUCUCCUGCAUGAAGAGCUUCCCCAAGCCUGUGAUGUGGCUGGUUAUACUUAUAUUCGUGAUGGGGUUCCUCGCUGGAGGCUUCAUUCUCGGAGCGGUUCACAAUGCUAUUCUCCUCAUUGUCGUGGCGGUCUUGUUCGCAGUUGUUGCCGCGCUCUUCUUUUGGAACAUAUCUUGUGAGAGACGUGGCAUCACUGAUUUCAUCGCUCGUUAUCCUGAUGCUGAUCUUAGAACCGCUAAAAACGGUCAAUACGUGAAGGUCACUGGGGUUGUCACCUGUGGUAACGUGCCGCUUGAGUCAUCGUUCCAUAGAGUUCCCAGGUGUGUUUACACGUCUACUUGUCUAUAUGAGUACCGUGGAUGGGGUUCGAAGCCAGCCAAUGCUUCACACCGCCGCUUCACAUGGGGACUCAGAUCAGCAGAGAGGCAUGUGGUGGACUUCUACAUCUCUGACUUCCAGUCUGGUCUUAGAGCAUUGGUGAAGACUGGAAACGGUGCAAAGGUAACACCUAUUGUUGAUGACUCUGUCGUCAUAGACUUCAAGCCAGGAAGCGAGCAAGCGUCUCCAGAUUUCGUAAGGUGGUUGGGUCAGAAGAAUCUAUCCAAUGAUGAACGUGUAAUGCGGCUAAAAGAAGGGUAUAUCAAAGAAGGAAGCACGGUGAGUGUGAUAGGAGUGGUGCAGAGAAACGAGAGCGUGCUAAUGAUAGUUCCAACGACGGAGCCGUUAGCUGCUGGUUGGCAAUGGAGUAAGUGCACAUUCCCUGCAAGCCUUGAAGGGAUUGUAUUGAGAUGUGAAGAUUCAUCGAACGUAGACGCCAUUCCUGUCUAAAGAUAGCAAAUCCUUUCCUUCCACGGUUGGUAGACGAAAAUCUCACUUCGGCUUCAUUAAUAUUUUUCAUGAAAUCUGAAAUGUGGUCUUUGGUUUGGUGGCUUCUCGCUCUCUAUACUCACUCUACUGAUGAUGAUUCCUUUGGUUGGUGGUGGUUUUAUGGUAGUGUUUUAUUUUCUUUACCUUUAUUAUCUCUUAUUAUUUUAUAUCCGAGUAAACAUUAGGUUGAUGGUUAUGAUGGUUGUUGAUUACGAUGACUUAAUGUGUGUUAUGGUUUGUAAUUGUAAAGUUCUGAACUUGUUGUCCUAAUAUAAUGUCGUUUCUUUAAGAUU